UCUAAAAUACACUCAAGGCUUAUAAAUAGAAACUGUUCUAAUAGCUUCUCAAUUCAAUACUCAAAAAGGUUUCCACUUAAAGAAAGCUUACUAAAAUGUCAUCACUGCUCAACAUCUUCCUCCUCUUAGCCGUCUUCACCAGCCACCGUGGAGUCACCACCGAAGCCGCGGUGGAGCCAGUAACCGACAUCUAUGGUCAACGUCUCAGAACAGGCACCAAAUACUACAUCUUACCAGUAUUUCGCGGUCGCGGCGGGGGACUAACCAUGUCCAAAGCCGAAAACAAAACCUGUCCGAAAAGUGUUAUCCAAGAACGGUUCGAAGUCUCUAACGGCAUGCCGUUGACAUUCUCACCAUCAGACAAAUCAAGAAUCAUCCGUGUCUCAACCGAUCUAAACUUCAAAUUCUCAGCUACUUCGAUCUGGAACUUGGACAACGUCGACGAGAAGACGAAUCAAUGGUUCAUUGGAACUUGUGGCGUUGAAGGGAAUCCAGGCAGGACAACUGUUGGUAACUGGUUCAAGAUUGACAAGUACGAAGAUCACUACAAGAUCGUAUUUUGUCCUUCGGUAUGCGAUAUCUGCAAAGUCAUGUGUAGAGACAUUGGUGUGUAUGUGCAAGAUGGGAUGAGAAGACUCGGUCUGAGUGAUGUACCACUAAAAGUUAUGUUCAGAAGAGCAUAGAUUACAUAUAAAUUCCACAAUAUGUACAAUGUUUUCUACACCACUUUCAAUAAUAAAUAAACAAUGAACUUAAUCA